AUGGCUCUGAUGCAGGGCAGCAGCACUAAAUCCGAGUUCAGUGCCAAGAACAGGACGCUUCUCCUUCUCUUGAUUUCCAGCAUCGCCGUCUUCAUUUUCUCCGUCCAGUUCCACUGGGCACCGUACCUGCGAGACUUUAACCUUGGAAACGAUACUCUCAACGUACACGAAAACGACUCAUUAUCACCAUCGCCAUCAUCGCCACUACCACCCAGUAAGCAGUCGCAACUAGACGGUGAAAACGACCACAAUCUCUUCCUGACCGUAUUCCCUGCAAGACCACCAUCAGAAGGGGAGCGGUUUUUAGCUUACCUGCCUCACAGCGGCUUCCACAACCAACGCAUCGCUCUCGAAAACGCGCUUCGACUCGCUGCCUAUCUCGACCGGACUCUCCUCUUACCGCCGCUGUUCUUGAGUCACAUUCGAAAGGGUCAGGGCUGGAGUAAAUCGCCUAACUUGUUUCAACAAUGGGCUGGCCGUAACAAGACCCGCAUCGACUACUGCCGAAACAUCGAUCCAUCUACCUGGCCACCCAAGACUCGGAAACAGCGCGAAGACAUGACGGACCAGGAAAAGAAGAUCGAGCAAGAGUGUCUAUUUUAUCACGCCUGGACAAUGACGCCCUGGACGUACUUUUACGAUAUUCCCAAGAUUCUGGAGGGCAUUGUCGGCGUUGCUGGUCAGACAGAGCCCAUCAGAGUAUUCGAUCGUCCUGUGAUGACUUUGGAAUGGUUGGUGGAGCAUCUGGGGAUCCGGGAUCCAAGUACAGAGAUUUAUUUCUAUAAUGACAGUACUCGCUUUUCAUACCGAAUUGUGGACGAUUCAGAGAUAGACUACAGCGUCAAGCCCAAAGAAAAGGAAGACAGAAACAACAAUGGACUGGACGACUCAAUGGAAGGUCUGACGCCAGAGCAGAUCGCAUCCGUUAGUCGAUACGAAUACAAGUUGUUCUUAACAGAUCUCCAGCAAAGACCCGAGAAGGUAUUGCAUUUUGGGUCGUUAUAUGACAGGGAUAGGGUUGAGGCACGAUCCGAACGGCACAAGGCCUUGCGAAGCUUUAUUUCAUACGGGAUGGACCUCUGGAAUCAGGCCAUUCUGAAUGCAAUAAGCCUAGCAGAGAAGCAGAUGGACGAGUGGAGGGAGGAAACAGGCAGGGCUGCACCAGGAUUCUUGGGCGUGCAUUUCCGUACCGAGGAUGGCGGCUUUGUGAAGAUGGUUCCCAAAAAUCUACAACGAAUAAUUGCGUGGCUCGGGGAGAUGUUGAAACAGGACCGCAAGUAUCUAAAAGAAAAUGACAGGAAGGCAGCAGUGCAGCAGGUUCCGGCUCCAACAAUCUCCCAGAAAAUGGAUAGUGUCGAUAGAGUAAAUGAGACUCAGAUACUGUCGCCAAACCCAUCAACGAUCCCCUCAGUCUUACCAAAGGAUGCCGCGGAACAAGAGACGUCCCUAACAUUUUUGGAACGCUGCAAGGGUGCUCCACCCCAGUCACCCAUGACCUUCAUGGCAACCGAUGUGCACCAACCCCGCCAGGCCCCUCUGCUGCGCGAUCUUCUGAACCGUUACCCGUGCACGAUGUUUUUGUCGGAUUUUCCAGAAGCUGUGAGCACCCUGGAGCGGAUCCGGAACCCGACGGACGGAGUGGAAAUGAUGCAUUACAUGAUUCCAUUAAUCGACGCGACCCUAGCAGCGAAGGGGAGGGAGUUCCAGGGAACGGAGAGUAGUACGUUUACAGCUUAUAUUAUGGACCAUCUUUGGCCCGAGUACCAUCCUGACCGGGCUGUUGAGACCACUGAAUAG